GAGAGAAAAUGCUGAUCAUAUUUUAUAUACUCCUCGUACUCAAAAUUGGACGAUGCACAGACGAUCACAUCUUUGAGACAAAGACUGUUGGUGUUGGACAAAAUGUGACUCUAACAUGCACCCGCGAGAAAGUUCUAGCAAGCUUAUUUUGGAUCAGGCUGGUUUCUGGAACUUUUCCUGAAGUUAUUGGAGGAAUGAUAGCCAGUGACAUUGACAUUGUUAAGAAGAAUCGUCACAUGAAGGUCAAACAAGAGCCUGGAGCAUUUGUUCUGCAUAUAACUGAAGCACAAUCAAGCGAUACUGCCGUCUACUACUGUAUAAAAGUAACACAAAGCAAAAUGACAUUUUUGAAUGGAGUAUUUCUGAGAAUCAAAGGACCAGAACCUGAAAUCACUGCUGUCAUUCAAAACAUUUCAUCUGAUCCAGUCCGUCCAGGAGACUCAGUGACUCUGCAGUGUUCAGUCCUCUCUGACUCUGAGAAGAAAACAUGUCCAGAGGAACACAGCGUGAUCUGGUUCAGAGCCAGAUCUGAUGAAUCUCAUCCCAGUUUAAUUUAUGCUCAAAGAAACAAUAGUGAUGAAUGUGAGAAGAGUCCUGAAGAUCCAUCUGCACAGAAAUGUGUCUACAGCUUCUCAAAGAACGUCAGCUCCUCUGACUCUGGGACUUAUUACUGUGCUGUGGCCACAUGUGGGGAGAUAUUAUUUGGAAACGGAUCAAAACUGGAUAUUCAUGAUGUCAGCACCUGUGAUUCACAGGACAACAACACAGUUUUUUUUCUGGUGUGUGUUGCUGUGGUUAUAAGUCUAAUUGUUAUAGCCGUCCUUCUUUAUGCCAUCACGAAAAAAUCCUGCAAUUGUUGCAACGCUGCUGCCACUCUUCAGUCAAAUGCUGUAACCAAUUAUGGAAAUCAGCAAAGUCAGCAGAGAAAUGAGGACUCUUUGGUUUAUUGUACACCAAACUUUACAAGGAGGAAAGUCGGUAAAACAGAGAGAAGAAGUCAAAGAAUGGAAGAGACAACUUACACUGAUGUCAGGUCUUUUGCAGUGUAUGAAUGAUCUAAAUGAAGAAUAAAUGUGCUAAUCGAAGCUCAUAUAAUUUGUAUAUGACACACUGUUUGGGGAAUAUAUUGCUUUUGCAGCACUAGCAAUUGCAUUUCAAGACAUAAUAUUCCACAUAAUGUAACAAAAGUAUUUUGGAUAAACUAAAAGAUGUUUCAUGCAAAGAUUGAAUAAAAAUGUUUUGAAUUUUUA